UUUUGGACUGAAUCCCAGUUUGACCAGAUCAAUUGAUUCUGUGAACUCUGGCCACACCAGAGGACCUAGUGGAACACAUGUGUCCUCGAGGCCCACAGGUGGCCCAGCCCUGCCCUGGAUUCUUGGGGUCACAGGCUGGGCCAAUGGAGACCAGCCUGCCUCAGCAGGGCUUCCUCCUGCAGCUCUUCCAAGCCCAAACUGACAAGCACUGUAAGGACUUAGACAAAAGAAGACUGCCUAAUUCAUGAGCACCAUAUGAACCUAGUUCUGAUGGAGGCCUGAUAGGGACAUACCUUCCACUGCACCUGUCAAAGGGCAACACGUCACCUUGCGUAACAACAUGAGUGCCUUCCAAAAAGCCACGUUUUCUCCUUCCACUUUACCCCAAGGGCUUUCCAUGCCAGCCCUGCUCUCCUCUUGUUGGGUACCCAGUGGCAGAUGGAGGAGGUGGGAGGGGCAAAAGUGGGCCCACCCUUUGGGUUCUUUCAUUUGCCAAUCAGGGAGGGUCUCCCAGGAACCUGGGGUGGGGAAGGGCAGGCACUAACAUGUCCUCCUUCACCCUGACGAAAUCCAGGAAGUUUUGCACUCGCAAGGAGGGGCUCGUCUUUGUCUUGGGCUUGCUGUUGCUUAUGGCUUUGUUGGCUUAUGGUGCUUGGUAUUUCUACCCCUAUGGACUACAGACCUUACCCCCUGCUGUGCUCUCCUGGUGGGCAGCCAAGGGCAGCAGCAGGACAGAGGACCGUUGGGAAUCAGGACAGUCCCCCUCAUAUUUCCAGGAGCUGGAAAGCGGGGUGGUGCACAAGACAUCUGAGUGGCACAGUUCUUCCCAAGAAGGCUUUGUGGAAACAAGGCCAAAGCAGAUGGGUUCCCUAGAGGCCCAGCUGGUUGGCCUGAGGCAGGAGCUAGUGGCCUUGAGCCAGAGCCAGGCUGAGGUGGAGAAAGAAUCACACCUUGGGCCAGAGAAGAUGGUGGCCCUGCGCAAUGAGGUGGAGUCUAAGGUCCCUGGCUGGAUUCAGCAGGUCCUUCAUUUGAAGCUAGGGGAGGUGCAGGCCCAGCUUCGUGACCUAGAGCACCGAAUCCUGAGGUAUGUGACAGAGGAGCAGGAUAAGUGUGCGGGCAAAGCUGCUGCCAUCUUGAGGCUGAGCCUUGUGAAGGAAGGAGUGACCAGUGGGGUGACAAAGGAGGUGAGGUCUGCCCCACUCGCUAUCUUCCUGGCUGGGGUCACUGGUUUGCCCUGA